AUCAUCAAACUCUAACCCUCAUUCUUCCUUCUCAAUUUUAAUUCUAUUUUCCCCUAAAUUCCUAAACCGUCAUUCUUCGAUAUAAAUACAAUUUUAAAUAUCCCAUCUACUCUGAUUCUCCAGUCGAUUAUGGAUUCACAGACGAACAAUCUGUAUGAAACGGCGUCGCAGCCGGAUACAGGGAAUGAUGCUUACACAUUCUUGGAAUUUAACACGCAAGGAGAGGAGUUUGAUUACGCUGAAUUCCCAGAGCUCUCACAGCCUAUCCGAUCCUCCUCCUCCGCGUGGCCCACACCUUCCGACUCAAUUGCCGCAUCGGAGACCGCAGCUGCGGACCGAGCCCCCUUGUUAGAUGCUUCCCCCUCGACUAAACCCCGUGGUACUGAUAAUAGUAAGGAAGGUGUGGUGGAAGCGUUGGCAGCAGGGAUGGGGGGAUUGACUUUUGAAGAGACUGGGGAUGACGAAGGGUUUGAGUACAGAAAUGGGGAUUUUACAGAGCAUGCUUGUAGGUACUGUGGUGUUACAAACCCGGCCUGUGUGGUUCGCUGCAAUGUCCCAUCAUGCCGGAAAUGGUUUUGUAAUUCGCGCGGGAAUACUUCUGGUUCGCACAUAGUCAAUCAUUUGGUGAGAGCAAAGCACAAGGAAGUUUGUCUUCAUAAAGAUAGUCCCCUGGGAGAAACAAUUCUUGAAUGCUACAACUGUGGAUGCCGAAAUGUUUUCCUUCUGGGAUUCAUAUCUGCAAAGACAGAAAGUGUGGUUGUCCUGCUUUGUAGGGAACCUUGUCUUAGUAACAAUGCAUUGAAAGACAUGAAUUGGGACCUGAGUCAGUGGUGCCCGCUUAUUGAUGAUAGAUGUUUCUUGCAGUGGCUUGUGAAGGUCCCAUCUGAACAAGAGCAGUUGAGAGCUCGCCAAAUUAGUGCACAACAAAUAAACAAAAUAGAAGAGCUUUGGAAGACAAAUCCCGAUGCUACCUUAGAAGAUCUUGAGAAGCCUGGUGUCGAUGAUGAACCUCAGCCUGUAGCUUUGAAGUACAAGGAUGCAUAUCAGUAUCAAAAUGUUUUUGCACCAUUAAUCAAUCUUGAAGCGGACUAUGAUAAGAUGAUGAAGGAGUCUCAAAGCAAAGAUAAUCUAACGAUUCGAUGGGACAUUGGUCUCAACAAAAAGCGUAUUGCAUAUUUUGUUUUCCCAAAGGAAGAUAAUGAGUUGCGCCUUGUACCUGGUGAUGAGUUGCGGCUGCGUCAUUCAGGGGAUGCAGCUCAUCCAUUUUUUCAGUCUGUUGGACAUGUGAUAAAAUUGACUGCACAAGAGGAAGUUGCUCUUGAGCUUCGUGCUAGUCAGGGUGUACCUGUCGAUGUUACCCAUGGUUUUAGUGUUGAUUUUGUUUGGAAGAGCACGAGUUUUGAUCGGAUGCAGGGAGCAAUGAAGACUUUUGCUGUGGAUGAGACAAGUGUCAGUGGAUACAUAUACCAUCACUUGCUUGGCCAUGAAGUUGAGAUUCAAAUGGUUCGUAAUGCUCUGCCUCGGCGUUUUGGUGCUCCGGGUCUUCCAGAACUCAAUGCAUCUCAAAUUUUUGCUGUAAAAAGUGUCCUGCAAAAGCCUAUAAGUCUGAUCCAAGGCCCGCCUGGAACAGGGAAAACUGUCACUUCUGCUGCAAUUGUGUAUCAUAUGGCCAAGCAAGGGCAGGGACAGGUUUUGGUCUGUGCUCCAAGUAAUGUGGCUGUAGACCAGCUAGCUGAAAAGAUAAGUGCCACUGGUUUGAAGGUUGUCAGACUCUGUGCAAAGUCAAGGGAAGCUGUUAGUUCUCCUGUGGAGCAUUUAACCCUGCAUUAUCAGGUUCGGCAUCUUGAUACAUCUGAAAAAAGUGAACUUCACAAGUUACAGCAACUGAAAGAUGAACAAGGAGAGUUAUCCAGUAGUGAUGAGAAGAAAUAUAAAGCUCUGAAGCGAGCAACAGAGAGGGAGAUAUCACAGAGUGCUGAUGUCAUUUGUUGCACGUGUGUUGGUGCUGGAGAUCCCCGUCUAUCAAAUUUCAGAUUCCGCCAGGUGCUUAUUGACGAGUCUACUCAAGCAACAGAGCCUGAGUGUAUUAUCCCUUUGGUUCUUGGGGCAAAACAGGUUGUUCUUGUUGGUGACCACUGCCAGCUUGGUCCAGUCAUUAUGUGCAAGAAAGCAGCACGUGCUGGUUUAGCCCAAUCACUGUUCGAACGUCUUGUGCUACUUGGUGUGAAGCCAAUUAGAUUGCAGGUUCAAUAUAGGAUGCAUCCUUCACUUUCAGAGUUCCCAUCCAACAGCUUUUAUGAAGGUACUCUUCAAAAUGGAGUGACCAUUAAUGAAAGGCAAUCACCUGGAAUUGAUUUUCCCUGGCCAGUGCCAAACCGUCCCAUGUUCUUCUAUGUUCAGAUGGGACAAGAGGAAAUAAGUGCUAGUGGAACUUCCUAUUUAAAUAGGACGGAGGCUGCAAAUGUUGAAAAAAUUGUAACUACGUUUUUGAAGAGUGGCGUAGUUCCUAGUCAGAUUGGGGUUAUAACACCGUAUGAAGGUCAACGAGCGUACAUUGUAAAUUAUAUGUCAAGAAAUGGUGCUUUAAGACAGCAGCUAUACAAAGAAAUUGAGGUAGCAAGCGUGGAUUCAUUUCAAGGAAGGGAAAAAGAUUAUAUAAUCUUGUCUUGCGUGAGGAGUAAUGAACAUCAAGGCAUUGGAUUCCUUAAUGAUCCACGCCGGCUUAAUGUUGCCCUCACACGUGCUCGUUAUGGUAUUGUUAUCUUGGGAAAUCCAAAAGUGCUUAGCAGACAGCCUCUAUGGAAUGGAUUAUUGACGCACUAUAAGGAACAUGAGUGCUUGGUUGAAGGACCUCUAAAUAAUUUAAAGCAAAGUAUGGUUCAGUUUCAAAAGCCAAAAAAGAUCUACAAUGAUCGUAGACUUUUCCUUGGUGGUGGGGCAGGAAUUACUCAUAAUGAUAGUUUUGGAUCCAGUGCUUCAUCAAGCCUUAAUGCCGAUAGGAGUAGCAGUCGCUCCAGGGGUUCCUACACGCCACCUGGCCCAUCCAGUGGUACCCACAAACCAGGUGUUCAUCCUGCGGGUUAUUCAAUGCCUCGAGUGCCCAUCCCUUACCACGGUACCUCUCCAGCUCAGCCAUAUGCCAUUCCUACUCGUGGUGCUGUACAAGGACAUAUUGGAACUGUUCCUCAAAUUCCACAACCAGGAAGCCAAGGUUUUGGUGCUGGGCAUGGGAAUGCUGGUGCUGCUGUGGGCAGCCAUAUUUCGCAACAAUCCAUUGGAAAUUUUGGGUCUAACUUCAAUUUUUCAGCUUCGGAAAAUCCGAAGACCCAACCAUCUGUGGGUGGACCAUUGUCUCAACCAGGAUAUGUUUCCAAUAUAACAGGUCAAGGACCAAGCCAAACAUAUAGGGAUGGGUUCUCAAUGGGUAGCAUGUCCCAGGAUUUCUUGGGCGAUGAUUUUGAUGGUCAGGGACAUGUUCCGUAUAAUGUUGUCAACUACUCCACCCAGGCUUCUCAAAGUGGAUAUACUGUUGAUUAUGUUGCUCAGGGAACACAAGGUGGAUUCCUCGGAAGCUUCUUGAACCCGAAUUCUCAAUCUGGAUACUCUCAUUUUGCCACAGGAAAUGAUUUCAUGUCUCAGGAGUAUAUGGCAGCCCAUGGUUCACAAGGGCUAUUUACACAGGGCGCAUACAAUGAUCCGUCUCAGGAUGAUGCUUCUCAGAACCACUUUGGUGUGUCCAAUGCCAAUCCACUUCAAUCUCAGAGUUUGCUCAAUCCCCUUUUCUCCCAGCCUUUCAACCACUACAAUACACAGCCAGUAAGCAUGCAGCAAUCUCAGCAGGGUCAAGGCUCCCAAAAUCGGAAUCUCCACUACAAUGGUUGAGGAACACAGAUUGCAGUGUUUGAUGGGUUAGUCUUUGAAUUGAGAAACUUGUUUUGUGCGCAAUAAAUUAUAUCGGUCGAUUACAUAAGUUAUGAAGAUGAUUCCGAAUGAUCUGAUCAGUGAGAUGAUCUGAUUGGAUGGAGAACGUGACGAGAGGCAAACGCUGGCAGCACGUCAAAUGCUAAAGAUAAUCCCAAUUAUCUUCUGAAAGUCAACAGAGCAUUUACAUGGUAUGGCUUUGUUGGAAGGGUUACUCUGGAAAAAACCAGUCGCUUAAGCUUAAAAAAGAGUGGCAUCAUAACAUUGGAGCAGUUCAUCGCUGUAGUUUUUGCACAAUAAACCAGGCUACUCUCCAACCCUUUCAUCACUUCCUGAAAUGUAAUUAUACUCUACAUUAUUAUGAUUGCAGUUCAAGCACUGGUCCGUAUUGGUUAGAAUUAUUUAGGUAUACAAAUGUGGUACUGGCAUUGCAGAUGGUGAAACUCAUGUUUGCUCUUGAAUGCAUUGCAACGGCGGUAUUGGUUAGAAUUAU